AUGCCUCCCAAUGUGCGGGCCCCUAACAAGGGAGCCUCCGCAGCUUCACCAACAAGCCCAAAGUGCGCCGUGUCCUUCCUGCGCGAUGAACCGAGAGACAGUGCAGCUAACCGUCAAUAUGAUUUAUACAGACCAGCUCCGCAGCCUUUCUUUCUUCCGCUGAACGUUGUCUUUUACCUGUGUCUAUUCUCGAACGUCCUCGCAGCCGCGUUGGCCCCGAUCCAGGAUUGCGAUGAAGUCUUCAACUACUGGGAGCCGACUCACUACCUAACGCACGGGUACGGGCUUCAAACUUGGGAAUACUCUCCAGAAUACUCCAUCCGCAGCUGGCUAUACGUUGCUCUCCAUGCCGUCGUUGCCAAAAUAUCCAUCAUAUUUACGCGUACCAAGUCAGCCCAGUUCUACUUCGUCCGCAUGGCGCUAGCUUUGGUUUGCACGAUGUGUGAGACCAGACUGUUCUCCGUGAUCUCACGCACGCUGAACCCUAGAAUUGGUGUGCUAUUUCUCAUGAUAAUUUUGUUCAGCCCUGGCAUGUUCCAUGCCUCGACUGCUCUCCUGCCAUCCAGCUUUGCGAUGUACACAGGCAUGCUCGGGCUGUCGGCGUUUUUAGAUUCGCGACAGGGCCUUCAAACCGCCAAAGGUAUCCUAUGGUUUGGGGUUGGUGCGUUGCUCGGAUGGCCGUUUGCCGGAGCUUUGGUGGUACCGAGAUCCGGCCAGUCCUUUUUAGGAUCUUCGACAGGAUCGUUCGGUGUCUGGGCGUUCUGCUCCUUGAAAUUGCCCGUUGAUAGCCUCUUUCAUCCCGGUCCUCUGCUCCUCCUGCAGGCGCUAUUCCGCUCCCACCAAACGUCCAAGCAAACCUUGCUCAGGUCAAUAACAUAUCUACUGCCAUUUUACCUCUGGCUUGGCAUUUUUACCUUGCAGCCGCACAAGGAAGAGAGAUUCAUGUAUCCGGCGUAUCCUUUCCUUGCAUUGAAUGCGGCAAUCGGUUUGCAGAUACUGCUUGUCUACCUAGGCUCAAACGACCGUCGGGAGUUGAUCGGCCGGCUUCCUAUCAAGUUGAAAUUUGCCGUGAUUAUCAGUGUUGUGCUGUUCGCUCUCAACGUCGGGAUGUUGAGGAUCAUGGGCAUGAUGACCGCAUACAAUGCUCCGCUCAAGGUUUUCAGCGAUCUUGAAACCCCGAAACUUGCCGGAACAGGAGAUUUUGUUUGUGUUGGGAAAGAAUGGUAUCGUCUCCCUUCGUCGUUUUUCCUUCCCGACAGUUUACGCGCCAAAUUCAUCCAAAGUGAGUUCAGAGGGCUGUUACCUGGUGAGUUCGUGGACUCGGAUCAGGGCGGGAUAUUCGCUGGAACAUGGAACACACCACCGGGCAUGAAUGACAUGAACCGAGAAGAUCCUUCAAAAUACACCGAUAUCUCGCAAUGCAGAUUUCUGGUAGACUCUUACUUCCCGGGAGACGAGGCAUCCGAGCUGCAACCCCAUUAUAUCCUCGACGACAAAACAUGGGAGAAAAUAUCCUGCAAACCAUUCCUUGAUAGCAGCCGCACGAAUGCGUUGGGCCGCAUUCUCUGGGUACCCGACAUGCCAUUCAUCCCCAAGAGGAUGCAGCGAAAAUAUGGGCAGUACUGCCUGCUCAAGCGGAGAGAGCCCGUGACCAUCAUGGAAGCUCCCUUGUUGCAUCUCAUCAACCAAUUCCAUGUUAGAGAAUUGGCUGGUAUUCUUCUUUUCGCGAUUGCUUCUUCAUGGGCCGUCAACGCUCUUCUAAGAAGAUUUGGCUCACGCGCUUCCAAACGACCUGGCACUCCGGAUUUAGAACAACGCAAUAGCCAAGCGGCCAAACAUCCCGACAGAAAGCCAGGAGAAUGGAUACCGCAAGACUUUAAGCGGCCCGACCCCGUGCCUUACCCUGAUUGGGAUGUUCACACGUCGAAACCAAAGCCAUAUCGGCCUUUUCGAUACGGCCCAAAAUAUUUCAUCACUAUGGGCUUGAGGUCGAUGAAGUGGGAUGAAUGGAUCGAACUUGACAAUCAUUACCUCAAAUACCACGCCGAUAAAGCGCGUCGCAUCAAAGAGAGGGAGAAGAAAUGCGUCAUGGUCGCUCCGGAGGCCAUGGACGGAGUCAUCGAACUCCUCGAGGAACUCUCCUCCUACCUCCCCGUCCGCUACCCUUCCCUCUUCCGCAAAACCCCCGUCGGCAUCGACAACCUCCUCACCGGCGAAUCCUUCAACAUCACUCAGCGCCCCUUUGCCGAAAACCCGAUGACCACCUGCGCCCGCCUCAUCCAGGACGACAUGGCGCUCAUGUUCGAAAAGCCCGACGGCCAAUACUACCUCCUCGCCGGUGCCAUCCUGCUCGCCGGCUUCUGGCGCCUCGAAGAUAAAUUCGGCAUGCCCCUCUCCGAAAUCCACACCUCCGGCUCAGUCCCCGGCUACGAAACCAAACUAGAAAAGGGCAUGAUGAACUUCUUCCGCCGCCUAAAGCCAUCCGACCCGGUCCUGCGGAACAACUACUUCAUCCAGGUCGACGAGGACCUGGCCUGGUCCUACAGCAUCGGCCCCGAGGACAGCACGUCAGUGAGCUGGAGCACGGCGGAGAAAAACAAGGCGAUCGAGCACCACUACUUCCGGUCCGAGCGCCAGUCGCUACGCCGCCUGCCGCGCUCGGGCGCCGUGGUGUUUACUAUCCGCACGUACUUUGAGCCCAUUGCCGAGAUCGUCAAGGAGCCGUAUGUCCCCGGGCGCCUGGCGUCGGCUAUCAGGAGCUGGGGCGAUGAUGUGUCGCGGUACAAGGGGCGGGAGAGGUAUGGGGAGGUGUUGUUGGAGUAUUUGGAUCAGAGGCAUGAGGAGCAGCUGGCGGCGGGGUUGGAGCUGGAGAAGGAGGAGGAGGUUCGGAGUUAUCCGUAUUAA